GCGCGCUCAGCCGCCUGGGGCAAGUGCUUCCCUGCCCUGGCCUCGUCCGCGCCCCUCUGCGCGCCCCCAGCGGGGCACCUCAAGUCUCCUCCAGCUGUGGCCUUCUGGGGUCAGAGGUGUCCCCUGAUAGGGCCCCCCUGUGCUGAGAGACCCCAGUUAGGAGCUCCUUGAGCCACCCCGGCUCUGCUCUCAGGGCCUCAGUUUCCCCAUCUUUAAAAUGAAGACGCUGAGUAGAUGUGGGGCAGGGUGCUUGAAAAAGGAGGGGCGGGAGGGUCGAGGGUCCCGUCGGAAACCCUCAGCCCAGCUUGCACCUUCUGAGCCCACUUGCUCCCGGGGCGGGGCGGGGCUGCCCCGUGACCCGAUUGCUAUGGCACCGGCGGUAACAGUCUGGCCCACGGCCCCGCCCCUUCUCACCUCAGAUUUCCCCACCCCACCCACCCCUUCUCCCAAGCCCUGGGAAGGGCCUCCCCGCCCCUCCCGGGCCCCAGAUACACACGGAGACACUCCAGCUUCAGGGUGCUCUGUGAGUGAAGGCCGCUCUAGGACAAGCAAGGUUAAAGCAGGCCCGGGGAGGGCCCACCGGGGAGGGCCCACCCAAGCCCUGGAUUUGGAAACUGGAGGGUGAGGGGGUUGGAGAAUGGAGGGGGCCGCCGCUGCUGCCGCUGCCCUGAGAGAGAGAGUUGGGGUGGGACGCGGAGGGGGGAAGGAAGUCUGCGAAUCGUGUUAAUCCCCGGUGGGCAGCCUGGUAUCUGACGCGGCACUGAAUUGGGAGCUCUAGCUCUCGUCCGUUGCUAUUCUUAGGAGGAGCUACCGUAAUGUGAGCAUUAUGGAGCGGGAGUAUGGCAUAGUCAAUACAGAUUGCCCGGAGUUCAAAUCCUGGCUCCGCCCUUACUAGCCGUGCCAGCCUGCUCUGUACCUCACUUUCCUCCCCUAUUAAGUGGGGAUUAUGGAAGGUUUCCAUGAACUAAUAUGUCAGAAGUAUUAGUAACUGGUGUGUAGUAAGUGCACAAUGCAUAGGGGCUACUAUUAGUAAUAUAUCCCAUUUAAUCUUUGCGCCAACCCUGAGAAAUAGGUACCUUCAUUCCCAUUUUACGGGUGAGAAAUUGGAGGCUCAGAACGGUAAAAAUUUGUUAGCUGAGCCAUUUCCCUUUUCUGGACCUCUUUCCUCAUCAGCUGUUGAUCAUGGAGCGUUAGAAUCAGAAGAGCCCUUGAAAAGCCUCUAAUCCAAACUCCCUCAUUUUACAGAUGGAUAAACUGAGGCCUGGAAAGGGGGAAAUUCUAGGCCAAGAUCACUUGUUAAAGGUAGAGCCAGGCUGGAACUACGCGUCCUGACUCCUAGGCAAAGCCUUUUCCAGCAGCUACCAGCCUGGAGACAUGCCCUCCAAGGGGAAGAGGCUCACUCCCCCUCAGAACUGCCUUCUCAGAGCACAUACACACUUUGGUAGGCUUGUCAAAUUCAACUGCAAAGACAGCUGGGGAAGAAAAGGAAGCUGCCUCACCCUGAACAAAGAACACAACCACCAAGCCUGCAAUUUGCACUGGAGAGGUUCAGUUUGCUUCCUGGACAUUUCCGAAAUGACUUGCCUUCCUCCUCAUUUAUUUUAAGCCCUAGGCACUUUUCAUACCACGAUUUAAUCUUCUUUAGCAGCCUGAAAAAAUACAAAUCAAUUAAAGCCUAAAACCUAUGGGAUAAUCAGUUUUUUCCUUCCUCCUCCCCCAGAUCAAGAAGUGCCUGCACCCUGCGCCUUUCAUCCAGACUAAUCUGGCUGCAGUGACGCUUGUUCAAGGGACGAUCACUUUGCAUAGCUAAUUACAGCUCCUCUCACAAUACUCCUGGUGCGCAUGUCACAAGUCGAUAGGAUCAAGAACCAAGUCGGUUUUGCUCUCAGGGGCUCUUGGGGCCACCAGUCAAGGUGGCCUCCCGACGUGGCGAACUACCUCAGCUGUCACGAGGCCAGGAACCACUGUGGAGGCGUGGUCAGCCUCAUCCCCAUCGUCCUAGACAUGAUGAAAGAAUGGGUCGCCCACUCGGAGAAGCUGCCCCGCAAAGCGCUGCAGCACGAGGCGACAGUCAAGAAUAAAAAGCGUUCUGCCACCUCUUUGCCUGGCCUGGUUUCCUGGGAUUUAUCCCUUAAAGAAAACGACAUUCACCCUAAGACCCCAGAAGAUGCUGGGCAGUAGCCCCACGAGCAAAACCACUAGCAAAGCGCUACCACUGUGGAGGGGAACACACCCCGCUCCAAAGGGGGUCUGCUGUGAAGAGGUUUCUGCCAAAGGCCCACAGAAGGCCAGCCCAGUAACUCCUUGUAUAGUUAGAGACCUACUCAGACAAGAACAUCUGAAUUUUCCAGACAAAACUUACAACUGCCACCUCGAUGUCCUGUCCCGAAGGAGCUGAUCCCGCUGUUAAAUGGGCAGAGCUGACCAAUUUCCAGGGCAGCUGGGCAAGCGAGCAGUGGAAAACCACACUGCAGACGUAGCUCUUCACCACUGGUCCUUUCCCAGUAAGGCCAGGGUGGAUCUUGCAGUCGUUUGAAGGUAGUUUCCCUCCUUCCUCCAAACACCUGAUGGCGUAGGGAAGGUGGUGGACGCGAGCUGCACUCCCUCUUCAGCACGCUCGUAAGACACAAUCGGCAAGGCUCAGGGUCUGUAAGCGUUUGACAACUUCGGUGCCACCUGCGCUCCUCCAAAAGGGCUGUAUUAAACCCGAUGUGCCGGCCAACCCCCAGGAAGGCAAGCACACACCAAAAGCAAGGCUGGAUGGCUGUGCAGACCCGGCCCGCCACCUGGUUUUGAUAGCUUCUGGUAGAGAUGGCUCCAGUCACCUCCCCCCACACCACCAUGACACUUGGUGGGAAGAGCGUGAAUUUGAGGCAGAUACAGGUAGGAUUUGUGGCUCUUUGCCAGAACAAAAGGAUCUUACAGGGACUAAAGCCAGAUUCCACUUGUCAGCACCCGCUCCAGCCACCCAAGGUCACCAACCAAUCCAGACCCUGAGGCUUUCCAUCUUUGGACAAGUUCCUACUUUGCCUGUAAGCCCCUCAGAGGCCAACGUGAGUCACCUCGUGUCAAUGCAGCAAAGUAGUGCAAAACAGUAAAUUUUUAUUUGUUCACAGUUAAACACGAGCAACUGCCUUGACACUCUAGAACAUUCUAAGAAGGACAGCAAACCCUUUUGAUUCCAAUUCCCAUUCACUAAGAUUGUACCAUUUCCUCUUGCAGUUCGCAUUUAUGGCAUCUGAUGUGGAUUGUUUGACAUGCUUUUAAGAUCAAGACGGGAAGGUGUAAACCUUUUGACAAGAGAUGACUUCCUUAAAUUUAGCUAAAAGCAGUCAGCCAAAAAAAAUCUGUUUUUCAGUGAUG